AUGGCAACUGCGGGCGAUGCGCGAGCGGUUUUUCACUCCCUGCCCUCGCCCAAUCUCUUGUCCUGGAAUAUCAUCAUCUCGGCGUGUGCCGCGAAUGGGGAUUUCUUCGAGGCCAUGCGCCUCUUCCACGCCACAGAGCUUGGCCACAUAGGAGAAACAAGAUGCAAGCGAAAGAGGUUUUUGCCUAGAUGCGCGAGAGGGAUGAGCGGCCUGGAACGCGAUGACCGAGGCGGAUCAGGCCAAGGAGCUCUUCGAUCGGAUGGACCACCGGUGCUGGAACUCCUGGGACACGCUGCUUCAGGGGUUUGUGGCCGAUGGAUCCGUGGAGCACGCCAAGGAUCUGUACGAUCGGAUGUCCCAGGACGGGGUUCACCGUGGACGUUGAUGAUUCAAGAAUUUGCCCAAAGCUGGCAUUUUGAGAAUGCCAAGGACAUUUUCACUCACAUGGCACAGAGCGAUCAAAUGCCCAAAACGGGGAUCUUGGACGCGCGAAAGAGCUGCUUGAUUGCAUGCCCGAAAGCACUGUCUUCUUCCUGCCCUCUUCGACUCAAUGCAGGAAAGAGAUACUCUUGGACCGCGCUCGCAACAGUUAAUGCCCACGCGGGGCAUCACGCCGCCGUCCAGCUGCUCUUCACAUCGAUGCUGCUCGACGGGAUCAAGCCGGACGAGCUGACGUUCGUGUGCCUGCUCUCGUCGGUGGCCUACACGGGCAUCCUGGACGAGGUCCGAGAGAGGUUCAUGGCAAUGGUGGCGGACAAUUUCGUGGCAGCACUACUGCUGCCUCAUCGCAGCGCUGGCGAGGGCGGGGAGGCUGGAUGA